AAAUAUUGCCCAUCUCGAAACAGCCAUACGGAGGCCAUACAUUCAUCCGCACACAGAGAUACGUACCGCUUUUUUUCUCUUUCUUGCUUCACUGAAUUCUUGAAGACUCCAUAGCCACAUAGAACAUCAUUAAUUUUUCCUUAAAUAACUAUUAAAUGCUUUUCUUUGUCUUCAAGAUUACAAAACAAACCAACAAUCAUUCACAAGCUAAUCCUUUAUUUUAAUUUUAAUUCCGAUUCAUACACACCCUUAUCUUGUCAUCAUCUUCCACAAUCCAACUCUUACACAGAACUUUUCACUUCAAAUAUGGCUUCAAUCCAUUCAAUUUCUCAAUCACAACUGUUUUCUAAGAAACCCCAAUUCAUAUCCACCCAGAAAACUUCUAUAUUCCCAAUCACAACCAGCUUCAAUCCCUCGAAUCGUUUUGUGUUGAAGUCCAAGAAAAUGGUUGUGGCGGCAGCGGGGACGACGGCAGCAGCGGAGGAGAAGUCGAAGAAGAGGUAUCCAGGUGAGGGAAAAGGGUUUGUGGAGGAGAUGAGGUUUGUGGCUAUGAAAUUGCAUACUAAAGAUCAAUCGAAAGAGGGAGAAAAAGAAGCUCAAGAGAAACCUUUGCCUAAAUGGGAACCCACCAUUGAUGGGUACUUGAAGUUCUUGGUGGAUAGUAAAUUGGUGUAUGAUACUCUUGAGAAGAUCGUUGAUAAAGCUGAUUUCCCUGAAUAUGCUGAAUUUAGGAACACGGGAUUGGAAAGGGCGGAAAGUCUUGAAAAAGAUUUGGCAUGGUUCAAAGAACAAGGUCAUUCUAUACCCGAACCAUCAUCACCCGGGCUUAAUUACUCGGCAUAUGUCGAAGAGUUAUCAAAGAAAGAUCCACAAGCAUUUAUUUGUCACUUUUACAACACCUACUUUGCUCAUUCAGCCGGAGGUCGAAUGAUAGGGAAAAAGGUAGCUAAGGAGGUAUUGAAUGGAAAGGAAUUGGAGUUUUACAAAUGGGAUGGUGAUCUUUCUCAACUCUUGCAGAAUGUUAGGGACAAGUUGAAUGUAGUUGCAGAGAACUGGACUAGAGAGGAGAAGAAUCAUUGUCUUGAAGAAACAGAGAAAUCAUUCAAGUUUUCUGGGGAAAUCUUGCGUUUGAUAUUGUCAUGAUGUUGAAAAACACAUGAAAUGUAAUCUUUAAAAAAAUCUCCUUGAUACAUUAUCUUUGUUGUUUGUUUUUGGCAUGAAUCGUUGUUUUCUGUGCAUAAUCUGUACUUUUAUAUGAAAUGUUGAACAUGAAAGUGAAGAAAAAAGGUGUCUUGACUUUCUUGAAUUGCAUAUAAUGUGUUAACAUGCUCAAAUGCUUUUGUCUUUCA